AUGGCUUCUAGACUUGCCAUCGCCCGGGGUGCUUCCCUCAAGCAUUCCCUGUCUCUGGCGACCAGAUCGGUGCCGCUCGUCGCCCGUCGCGGCGUAGCUUCCGCCACCACGCCUCGCCAGCUCUCACAGACUCCUCAGCCCGAGGUUGAUGGCCACAGGAGAUCACACGCCGCUCUCGAGUCGCUCCAGCGCGACCCGGCCUACCUGGAGAUGAAGGAUGCCCAGGCUGAGAACCCUCAGCCCUGGAUGGACUUUGUCGCUCGUCACAUCGGUCCCCGCGACUCUGACGUUGACGCCAUGCUCAAGACUGUCGGCGCCGACUCUCUCGACACCUUCAUCUCCCAGGUUAUCCCCAAGGACAUCCUCCUGCCUCCCAAGAAGACCAUUCAGCCCAAGAAGCUGAGCGAGUCUGGCGUCGCCAAUGUCUUCAAGAACAUGAGCGCCCAGAACGAGGUCAAGACCUGGAUGAAUGGCGGUGGUUACUACCCCGUCGAGAUUCCCACCGUCAUCAAGCGCAACCUGCUCGAGAACCCCGCCUGGUACACCAGCUACACUCCCUACCAGGCUGAAAUCUCCCAGGGCCGUCUCCAGUCCCUCCUCAACUUCCAGACCAUGAUCUCGGACCUGACUGGGCUGCCCGUCGCCAACGCCUCGCUACUCGACGAGGGUACCGCUGCCGCCGAGGCCAUGACCAUGUCCUGGAACUCUCUCCCUACUGCGCGCUCCAAGCGCCCUAACAAGACCUACGUUGUCUCUGACCUUCUCCACGAUGCCACCGUUCGCGUCAUGGCAGGUCGUGCCGAGGGAUUCGGAAUCAAGCUCGAGGUCAUGGACCUCUCGGCUUCUGACGCCCAUGACAAGAUCAAGGCUCUCGGUGACGACCUCGUCGGUGUCAUGGUCCAGUACCCCGACACCCACGGUGGCGUCCAGAACUACCGUGAGCUCGCUGACGUUGCUCACGCUCAAGGCACUCUUCUCUCUGCCGCAACUGAUCUUUCCAACCUGACUCUCCUCACCCCUCCCGGUGAAUGGGGUGCUGACGUUGCUUUCGGUAACUCUCAGCGAUGGGGUGUUCCUCUGGGCUUCGGCGGCCCUCACGCCGCCUUCAUGGCUGCUCAGGAAUCCAGCAAGCGUCGUCUCCCUGGCCGCAUUAUUGGUGUCUCCAAGGACCGCAACGGCCGCCGCGCCCUGCGUCUCGCUCUCCAGACUCGCGAGCAGCACAUUCGCCGUGAAAAGGCCACCUCCAACGUCUGCACUGCCCAGGCCCUUCUCGCCAACAUGUCUGCCAUGUACGCUAUCUACCACGGCCCCGGCCAGCUCCGCGAGAUGGCUGUCACCAACCUCCGUCACGCCCGCAUGAUCCAGGCUGCUGCUCAGCACUAUGGACUCAACGUCAUCACCUCCUCUGCCGACCCUGAGGGACGUGUCCUCUCCGACACCGUCACCAUCUCCUUCAAGGACCCGAUUGUCUGCCGCGCUCUUCGCCGUGAGCUCAACGACCGCGGCAUCAGCAGCGGCAAGGCCUGGUCCUCCAACGAGGUUGUCCUCGCCGUACCUACAACUUUCACCCUCAAGAACUUUGUCCGCAUUGUUCAGUCCUUCCGUGACGUGUCCUCCAAGAACCACACCAACGCCUACGUUGAUGUUGCCAACAAGUACUGGACCGAGGGCUACAAGAUCUCCUCGGAGGAGAUCAUCAAGAGCCUCCCUGACGCUGUCCGCCGAGAGUCUAAGUUCCUGACUCACCCCGUCUUCAACACCCACCACUCCGAGACUGAGAUGCUCCGCUACAUGCAUCACCUCCAGUCCAAGGAUCUGUCCCUGGUUCACUCCAUGAUCCCUCUCGGCUCCUGCACCAUGAAGCUUAACGGCACUACACAGAUGGAGCUGAUUGGCACCGAGUCAUCCUCCAACAUCCACCCUCACGCGCCCAUCAGCGGUGUCAAGGGUUACCAGAAGCUCUUUGCCGCCACCGCUGCCCAGCUCGCCGCCCUCACCGGCAUGGACGCCACAUCCCUGCAGCCCAACUCGGGUGCCCAGGGUGAGUUCGCUGGUCUCCGUGCCAUUGCCAAGUAUCACGAGGAGCACAAUGGUGGCAAGCGUGAUAUCUGCCUGAUUCCCACAUCUGCUCACGGUACCAACCCUGCCUCCGCUGCCAUGGCCGGUCUACGUGUUGUUCCUGUCAAGUGCGACACCGCCACUGGUAACCUCGAUAUUGCCGAUCUCCAGGCCAAGGCCAAGAAGCACGAGAAGGAGCUCGCUGCCAUCAUGAUCACCUACCCCUCCACCUAUGGUGUCUUUGAGCCCGAGGUUCGCAAGGCUUGCGACAUUGUUCACGAGCACGGCGGCCUCGUCUACAUGGACGGUGCCAACAUGAACGCCCAGAUUGGCCUCACCUCACCUGGUGCUCUCGGUGCCGAUGUCUGCCAUCUUAACCUCCACAAGACCUUCUGCAUUCCCCACGGUGGUGGUGGCCCUGGUAUUGGCCCCAUCUGCGUCAAGGACAUCCUUGAGCCUUACCUGCCUCACCAGAACAACCAGACUCCCGUCUCCAGCGCUAGCUUCGGUAGCGCCAGCAUUGUUCCCAUCAGCUGGGCCUACAUCUCCACCAUGGGUGAUGCCGGUCUUCGCAAGGCUACUACCCUGGCUCUCCUCAACGCCAACUACAUUCUCACCCGCCUCAAGGAGCACUACCCCAUUCUCUAUACCAACGAGAACGGCCGCUGUGCUCACGAGUUCAUCAUUGAUGCGCGUGGCUUCUCCAAGACUGCUGGCGUCGAGGCUAUCGACAUUGCUAAGCGCCUUCAGGAUUACGGCUUCCACGCUCCUACUAUGAGCUGGCCUGUGCCUAACACCCUGAUGAUUGAGCCCACUGAGUCUGAGAGCAAGGAAGAGCUAGACCGCUUCAUCAAUGCUCUCAUCAGCAUUCGCCAGGAGAUUCGCGAGGUUGAGGAAGGCAAGCAGCCCCGUGAGGGCAACGUCCUCAAGAACUCUCCCCACACCCAGAUCGACCUGCUGCUCGGCGACAACGGCAAGUGGGAGCGCCCGUACAGCCGCGAGAAGGCCGCCUACCCCCUGCCUUACCUCACCGAGAAGAAGUUCUGGCCCACGGUUACCCGUGUUGACGACAAGUACGGCGACACCAACCUGUUCUGCACUUGCCCGCCUGUCGAGGACACCACAGGCAACUAA